AUGAAGAAAAAAUAUCAAGUUAUAAUAAAUUAAAUAAUUUAUAAUAAAAGCAAAAGUUCAAAAUUAAUUAAAAACUUAAUUAAAUAAACUAACAAAGUGAAAAAAAGCAGAAUAAUAAGAAAAAGAAAACUAAAUCAAAUAAAAAGCUCAUAAAUAAAUAAAUUAAAAGAGUUAUAUUUCUUUAAAUUUAUUUUUAUAUUCAAAAGUAUCACUAUCCAUAACAAAUAAAAUGUUUUUACUCAAGAUUAAGUAUCAAAUUUGAGAGAUUAGUGCACUUUGCUAAAGAAGAACCAAAGCCUGAUUCGCAUUCAUCACCAAUAUAAUUUCCACUUUUUAAAUAUUUAAGAAAAAAAUAUAUUUAAUUAAUUAAUUAGUGAGAAGGAAAAAAUGAAGAAAAAAUAUGAAAUAAUAAGAAAUUAAUUGAAAAAUAAAUAAUAAAAUCAAAAUUUCAAAAUCAAAACAUUUGUUAAGUUAACAAAGGGAAAAAAAUGCACACAAGCAGAAUGA